UAUUUUCAAUACAAGGAAAUGGUGCAUACAAAACAAAUUUCGAUCUGAAAUGGUACUUUUAAUUGAUGUGGUAUUACAAGGUCAUGGAACAACAAAUUACGGAAAUACAGCAAGAACUUUAUUUAAAAAUCCCAAAAUUUCAGCAGCUUGCACGAGGAUUAAUAUAGAACUGAUACCACGAUGUGGGAACAUAUUAUCAGCCAUUUCAAGUGGAUACACAAUCAAUUUUGACUAUUUCGAAGAGUGCUGUUUAAUAACAGCAAAAAAAUUUGUCUCAUUGUAUCCUUGGUACUACUUGGCAUGUAGUAACAUGCCUGCAAAUGUACAUAAAGUGUUACUACACGGUGCAGAUGUUAUAUGAUUUGCUCCUCUCCCAAUAGGUAAACUAUCGGAAGAAGCACAAGAAAGUCGAAAUAAAGACUACAAAGUAUUCAGAGAAUAUAAUACGAGAAAAACGUCAAGGUUUAAUACGAAGAUUUGAAGCAUAUUUUACUUUUUUCAUCUGAUCCAUGCGAAAUAUUUCCAAGACCUAUGUACAAGAACUAUCUAAAGAUGUUAUUCAAUUAUUAAGAAUACCAGAACCAAAUAAUGGUUCUUAUACUUAU